AAGUCACUUCAUAGCCAAACCCUCCAAACCGCCAAUCAACCUUACAACACCGCUACACGCCGGCCUCGAAACAAAAUGGCUGCGCAAACAGUCUCAAUAUGUAAAUUUGUCGGAACAAUCAGCUUGGGAAUUGCUACAGGUGUCUCAGCAACCCUCUCUACCCUCGCGCUACCCGCUCUCCUCGCUCUCCCAACCGCCCCUCACGCGCGCACAUCCCUCACUUAUCUCUCCACCAAAUCCACAAAUCUAUCCUCGUACCUUCGUCACGUCACAACCUUUACCCUCUUCUCCGCCUACCUGCUCUCGCCGCGACGAUUCAGACAUCCAUAUCUUCUCUACACGUCCAUCUUCGCCUUCGUAUCCGGCCCUGGUGUCGAAUACGCUGUGAGCUUUACAGAGGGCUCCGAUGAAAGGAUGGUCAUGGAAUUGGAGGCGCAGGGCGAUGAAGUGAAUGGCGAGCAAGUCAGGCAGGCGGUAGAAAGGAAGCAGAGGACUGAGUGGGUCAAGACGGCCUUGGCGGGUGUUGCGUUUGCAAUGCAGGUUGUAGGCUUGUGGGGUGAUGGCGCGUAGGAACAGACAAGUCAUGGUGAACAACUGUUUCUGCGACUUGGCGUGCUGUGGAACUGUCACAUGGACAAGUCCAACUUGGACAUUGCAUGCCCACAGACUCUUCACGGCUUGAGCAGCGGCUGCAGGUGGGUGGUGGGAACAGAUGACGAUAGAGGCUGCAGAUUUUGUACCAAGACGCUGGCAAAUGGUGUAUCUUUAUCGUUCAUUCUCUUCUCCUCUUUGAAGCUGGUUUUCGUAUAUAAUUGGUAUUCAGCGAGCAAUCUCACAUCUCCUUUAGUAUAUAUCUAAUUCAACUCAUCUUAUCCAA